AUGAGUGAAGUCGAACCCCGUGACACGGAGGGUUUCUACCUGCCUCACCAUGCUGUCAUGAAACCGACCAGCACUACCACAAAGGUUCGCGUCGUUUUCGAUGGAUCCGCGAAAUCGAGCAGCGGACUCUCGCUAAACGACGCCCUUCUAACUGGACCGACGAUUCAAGACGACCUCUUCACACUCCUGGCGAGGUUUCGGACGCACGCCUACGUCUUAACAGGAGAUCUCGAGAAAAUGUACCGACAGUUUCUCGUGAAGCGUGAAGAUCGUCGUUAUCAACGGAUCCUGUGGCGAGACGACAGCGGCAAGAUCAAGACGUACGAGCUGAAGACAGUCACGUUCGGACUGUCCUCCGCGCCAUUUCUCGCCGUUCGGAGCAUUCAGCAACUAGCCGACGACGAAAGGGCUAAUGCUCCAAUCGCCGCGACCAUCCUUCAGCGAGACAUGUACGUCGACGACUUGUUAACGGGAGCGGACACCUACGAAGCGGCGAUGGAUCUUCGUAACCAAACGAUCAAGCUACUUCAACGCGGUGGAUUGCGCAUUCGGCAGUGGACUUCAAACGAACCGCAACUUCUAAGGGGAAUACCGGAGGACCAGAUCCACCAGAAAUACUUCGGAGACGCAACAGUCAAAACCCUCGGCGUCUCAUGGCACGCGCGCGACGAUCUCAUCGUUUAUUCUGUGGAUCCCAACAUCGAGACAAGAACCACGAAGCGAACAAUCCUCUCGACCAUCGCGAAGAUCUUCGAUCCGUUAGGUCUAUUGGCACCCGUUAUCGUGACCGCGAAAAUUUUCAUGCAGCGUCUCUGGCAAUUACAACUGGCUUGGGACGAAUCUUUGCCGGCCAGCCUCCACACCGAGUGGACAACCUAUGUGAAGGGGCUGCAAUCGCUGACCGAGGCGUCGUUCGAGCGUCACGUGAGCCAACGUAUGGUUCGCACGGUAGAGCUGCAUGGAUUUUGCGACGCGAGCGAGCGAGCAUUCGGAGCUUGCUUGUAUGUUCGAUCGAUCGACGAACACGGUCAGAUAAAAACGAGCUUGUUAUGUGCAAAAUCGCGUAUAGCUCCGUUAAGGGUAGUCAGUGUCGCGCGGUUGGAACUAUGCGGAGCCGUCCUCCUCGCGUCGUUGUUCUCCCAGGUUAAAAACAUUAACGGGUUCAAGUUCGACACCGCGCAAUUCUGGACCGAUUCGACUAUCGUUUUGAACUGGCUGAACAAGGAACCGUGUACCUUAAAGACAUUCGUGGCGAAUCGAGUGUCUGAAAUACAGACGAAGACGAACAUCACGGCGUGGCAUCAUGUCAAGUCCGCUGACAAUCCAGCAGACUUGAUAUCGCGAGGACAAACGCCAACGGAUUUUCUGGACGACUCUAUCUGGCGUCAUGGACCACGAUGGCUCGCCAACGACGUCGCGGAUUGGCCGGAGUCUAUAUUCACCAUAGCGUCAGAAGUCCCAGAAACCCGUUCUCACGCCUGUUUCGCGACCACAACAGUGCACGGUCAAGAACUCCUGUAUCGGUAUUCCAACCUCACGAAGCUAAGACGGAUCAUCGCGUACUGUCUCCGAUUCAGGAAAGGUCAUCGUCGCGAAGGGCCCUUGACGGCCGAAGAAUUGCAGAACGCGAACGAAAGGAUCAUGAAACUCGUUCAAGCCGGCGCCUUCGACAAAGAGAUUCGCGAUCUACAGAAGGGGACGCCGUUGCAUCCGAAGAGCCGACUUCUCUCGCUGCAUCCCUUCCUCGAUGACCAGGGAAUAUUGCGUGUCGGCGGUCGCCUCCAGAACGCAGCGAUACCAUACGAGCAGAAACAUCCGAUUCUACUUCCGAAGAACAGCCACAUCACGGAUCUAAUAUUGCGUCACGCCCACCUAGAAGGCCACCACGCCGGGAUCAACACUACGUUGGCCAACGUACGACAACGAUAUUGGCCCAUUGACGGCAAAAACGCGAUAAAACGAAUCGUUCGUCAAUGCAUCAAGUGCUUCCGCGUAAAUCCACCGGCCGUCAAUUACGUGAUGGGCUCCUUACCCGCGACACGCGUCUCCGAAAAUCGUCCAUUCUACAACUGCGGGGUAGAUUAUUGCGGGCCUUUUUACAUAAAGGAGAAACGAUACCGAAACCGCAACCGCAUAAAAAUCUAUGUGGCGAUUUUCGUAUGUUUCGCAACGAAGGCUGUUCAUCUUGAAGUCGUCGGCGACAUGACCACGGAAGCAUUCAUCGCUGCUUUGAAACGAUUCAUCAGCCGAAGGGGACUCUGCCGAAACAUUUAUUCAGAUAACGGCACAAAUUUCGUAGGCGCGAACAACGAGAUGAGCGAAGUCUAUCAGACCCUGCAAUCGGACGGCAAGGUACAACAUUUCCUCGCGGACAAGGAAAUUUCGUGGCACUUCAUGCCAGCCCUUUCUCCAAAUUUCGGCGGGUUGUGGGAGGCCGCGGUCAAAACGUUUAAGCAUCACGUGAAACGUGUGGUAGGGGAAGAAUUGUUUACCUUCGAACAAUUCAAUACGUUCGCAAUCGAAAUCGAGGCGAUUCUAAAUUCCCGUCCACUAACCGCUCUAUCCUCUGACCCUAACGAUCCUUCCGCCUUAACGUUUUUAGUUUUUGUUAAAGACUAA